CCCCAAACAACGGAGCCCGCGUGCGCACUAGUUGCCGGGGUGAAGUUGUCCCUGAGGUACCAGUAGCUCGUCAAAGCAGGCAAAUCAACCAGGAAAUUCACUUUUGGGAAGACUGCAACUCAAGCUAAAAAAAAAUGGAGCUAACAGGAAGCAGUUACAAGGGGCCGACGCUAAAUAGCAGGAUGGAAGGAGAAGGCGAGUACACCUUCCCCUCAGAGACCAAGUACGUCGGGCAGAUGAAAGACGGAAUGUUCCACGGGAGGGGGGUGCUCCACUUUCUGAAUGGAAGCAAAUACGAAGCCACCUGGGAAAAUGGCAUCGCAACACAGGGAGCGUUCACCUUUGCAGACGGUCUGCUGUACCAGGAGAAGGACUGGGAUUACUGCGUCGGCCAGGACAGGCGCUUCUACACGGAGAGAUGCAACGGACUCAGACCUGCAGGUGAAUCCCAGCUCACCGACCUGCAUCCUCCACGCGUGGUUCCCGACGGCUGCUACGACUGCGGCGACGGGUUUUACGACCCCACCACGAGAACCGUGACCUCCUACGACGGGAGUUUCCUCAGAACGGCAGAUGACUCGGAGCACGAGUGGAUCGUGCGCUGCUGUCGGAGGGCGGAGACUCCCGUACCGGAAGAAGUCUACGGUUCCAAUGCGGCGUCACAAGAAGCGUAAACAAGCUGCUUGUGCUUGUAAAAACUACAGGAAUCCCUCGUUGAUGGCGCUUAAUUGCUUCCAGACCCGACAUGUCGGAUUCCUUAUUUAUACUUCCUUAUUUACAAUAUUAUAUAUCGUAAUAUUUUGGUGAUUAGAGCACAGAAAACCUGUUUACGACCUUCUAAAUACACUUUUUUAACAUUAUUAGAGCCCUCUAGACAUGAAAUAACACCCCUACAUUCACCUUUACACUCCUAUUACCCAAUAUAGUAGACAUAAUAAGAGAAAAUAAGACAUAAUAUAGACUCACACAUGUUAGCAUCAGGAGAGUUCCUUGUUCCCUUUUUAUUACUUUCUGUGGUGUAAAGUACUUCCUGCUGUGGUUAUUGUCUCAUUAAGGUAACAUUACUGCCACCUAGUGACCAGUGUGGAAUACUACAAGUAUGCCUUAUACAAGUAUGUGUCUUUUAUUUCAUGUAGACAUUGUUAUGCUUGAAAAUUAGACCAAAACAUAUUGUGAAAUGUGCUAAAACAUGCAUUUUUGUUGACUGAUUAUAUGCUGUCGUAUUCAAACACAAAACAGCGCCGUUUAUUCAUUCUUACAUUUGGGAUUUUCACAGUAAAUCACUGCUCUGUAUGGUAUAUAAAAUACGCAUGAGAAAGAAAGGAGCCACAGUCCGUUUGCCCUCAUGCUCUAAUUAGAUUGCAGAAAAUACGUGCAGUUUCAAAAAAUAUAGAUUAUUUUUGUAUUUCAUUAUGUUCUAUUUUAUUGAACAAUUUUGCCCAAUUUGU